AUGGCAGAGUCUUUGAAUGCGGCCUUUGAUCGGCUCUCACUAUCCUCGGACCAGCUGGACAAGGACAUCGACGAUAUCUUGGACCAAGGAAAACCACGCAAACGAAUACGGAAGUCGCCAGACGAGGUCAAGGCUGAUCUUGAGAAACGAUUUCUAACACCUUCAACAUCAUUCAGUCCAGAAUGGCUUGACAAACUGCAGCAGCGAUGGGAUGCUCCCACAAACUACAACGAGCUCUUCGCCCUAGGACCAACGCAGACCAGGACCAUUAUCCGUUUCACGAGAGAAGGUCUCGAAGGCCGCGUAACAGGAUACAAGGAAGUGACCGUACCUGCAAACAGUGCCACCGCAAAGAACUCGACUUCACUGCUACGUAAACCGGCAAACCGAGCAGAGUUCGUGAGAGGCGCUUCUGGAUUUUAUCCUUUUGCGCCUGGUGGUCUGGAUGCUGUCGAAGCCACUGCAGCUUACGAGGAUGAAUUACUACAGAAGCAGCAGCCAGACGGCAGCUCUAGAUUCAACAAGCUUGAUAAGGUCAUCAACUUCGCUGCCGAGGGAGGACUUCUCGAAGUACCACCAGGCUUCACCCGUGGUCUUCGUGUGAGCGAAAAGCCAAAGCAAGAUGAUCAGAAUGCCAAGGAGAUUGAAGACGUCCUUGGCGAGGAAUCAGACGUCCCCGAAGCCAUGCAAAAUGGAGUGCCUCUGCCGAAGGAAGAUGAUGAUACCAAGGAUGAAGAGGAAGCUGAAGGCGAAGAAGAGCUCGAUGCCCUCCUUCCUGUCGAGUUCCCUGCUUUAGCCGCUCAUGGCCCACUUGCUCUUGCUAGGAACAAGCAAGGCGGUCGUGAGUGGGCCCACAUGGUCGAUGUCAAUAGAGAUAUCACAAACUUUCGCGAGCUGGUGCCAGAUAUGGCUCGAGAAUGGCCAUUUGAGCUCGACACGUUUCAAAAGGAAGCUGUAUACCAUCUCGAGAACGGCGACUCUGUAUUUGUCGCCGCCCACACCUCCGCAGGUAAAACUGUUGUUGCCGAGUAUGCCAUUGCGCUGGCUGCCAAGCAUAUGACCAAGGCAAUUUACACAUCGCCAAUCAAGGCUUUGAGCAACCAAAAAUUUCGAGACUUUAGGUCAGAAUUUGACGACGUUGGUAUCUUGACUGGUGACGUGCAGAUCAGACCCGAAGCAAGUUGCUUGAUCAUGACGACGGAGAUUCUGCGGAGCAUGCUCUACCGUGGCGCAGAUUUGAUCAGAGAUGUCGAGUUCGUCAUCUUCGACGAAGUUCACUACGUGAACGAUCUAGAGCGUGGCGUCGUGUGGGAGGAAGUGAUUAUCAUGCUUCCAGAGCACGUAACAUUAAUCUGCCUAUCAGCAACGGUGCCGAACACAUACGAGUUCGCUUCCUGGGUCGGCAGAACCAAGAAGAAAGAUAUUUAUGUCAUUUCUACACCGAAGCGUCCAGUCCCUCUGGAACACUACUUGUGGGCCGACAACAGUGACAAGAAGAUGUUUAAGAUCGUUGAUGCGAACAAAAGCUUCAUCGAGAAGGGCUGGAAGGAUGCAAAUGAUGCUCUUACCGGACGCGACAAGAUCAUCGCAGCCGAGCAGAAAGCGAAGGAGAAGGAAGAAGCCGCAGUCGCUGCAGGUCGUGGCGGCAGAGGAGGCCGCGGUGGUCCUGCUGGACGAGGCGGUCAACGUGGUGGUGGCAAUCAGCGUGGUGGACCGCAGCAAAGAGGUAGAGGACAGCCUGCAACACGCGGUCAAGGCAACAUUGCGCGCACGGGUCGCGGAGGUGGAAGAACAACAGCAGCACAAGACCGCAACACUUGGGUGCAUCUGGUACAGCACUUGAAGAAAGAAGAGCUGCUGCCUUGCUGCAUCUUUAUCUUCUCUAAGAAGCGCUGUGAGGAGAGUGCCGACGCUCUGUCAAAUCUUGACUAUUGUACAGCAGCCGAGAAGAGUGCCAUCCAUAUGAUUCUCGAGAAGUCGCUUGCCCGACUGAAGUCAGACGACCGGCAGCUGCCACAAAUCCGCCGUAUUCGAGAUCUGCUGAGCAGAGGAAUUGCUGUGCACCACGGCGGUCUACUGCCAAUCGUCAAGGAGUGUGUCGAGAUUCUCUUUGCCAGGACCUUAGUAAAAGUUCUCUUCGCUACUGAGACAUUCGCCAUGGGUCUCAACCUGCCGACCAGGACAGUAGUCUUCUCUGGCUUCCGAAAAUAUGACAACAAGCAAUUCCGAGAUCUAUUACCUGGCGAGUACACGCAGAUGGCUGGCAGAGCUGGACGUCGAGGACUGGACACAGUAGGCUAUGUCAUCAUCGUCACACCAGGCGCAGACGAGGCACCGCCAGCAGCUCGACUUCGACAGAUGAUGCUUGGCGAUCCGACCAAGCUACGAUCGCAGUUCCGCUUGACCUACAACAUGAUUUUGAAUCUCCUACGAGUCGAGGCGCUCAAAAUCGAGGAGAUGAUCAAGCGCUCAUUCUCUGAAAAUGCAACGCAAGCAUUGUUACCAGAGCAUGAAAAGCAGAUCAAGGUCUCGGAAGCAGAUCUGGACAAGGUUGUGCGAGAACAAUGCGACAUCUGUGACAAGGAUGUCGAGACUUGUCACGACGCCAGUAUAGAUUUCCAGCGGCUUACAGAAGCGCUUCACCUCAGCAUGCUUUCGACGCCAGUCGGCAGGAGAAUGUUCCAGCCAAGACGAGUCAUCGUUUUCAAAGGCAGAAAUGACGCUCGCACAGCAGGCGUACUACUGCGAGAAGGUGCCAGCAAAGGUUCGCCGCCCACUUUGCAGGUCCUGGAGGUUUUACCAAGGAAUAAUCGAAAGAAGCAGAACGAGGACUUUCUGCCAUUCCUGCCACACUUCCGCCGUCGCUUCAUCGCUCUACCGCAGAGCGAGGGCGAAAUGCAGCUACGAACAGUGACGGUUCCACUUGGUGAUAUUGAGGCUCUGACCGGCACGCAUAUCAAGAUGGAUGUCAAUCGUGUCUUGCAGAGAGAGUUAGAAGCGAUGAAAGAGGUGAAAGCGGAGCUACUCGCCACCUGCUCAUCGUGGACGUCUUCCAGCUGGAAUGAGUUGGACUACUAUAAGUACUUGAAGGACAUGAACAUUCGUGCCAUAAUGGACGAGCGGGCCAAAUUCGCGGCCAUCGCCCAGGACCGCGAAUGCAUUCACUGCCCAAACCUGCCGAAGCACUUCGCCAUGGCGCACGAUCAAUGGGUGAUCAAAGACAAGAUUGACUCAAUUCGGCAGCUCAUGUCGGACCAGAAUCUCCAGUUACUGCCCGACUACAAUCAGCGUAUUGAUGUGCUGAAGAAGCUUGGAUUCAUCGACGAGCAGUCUCGUGUCGAGCUGAAAGGCAAGGUGGCCUGCGAGAUCCACUCUGCAGACGAGCUCGUUCUGACGGAAUUGGUGCUUGAGAACGUUCUUGCCGAUUAUGAGCCCGAGGAGAUUGUGGCUCUGCUGUCUUGCUUCGUCUUUCAGGAAAAGACGGACAACACGCCAAACCUCACUCCAGCUCUCGAAAAGGGGAUCGAAACGAUAGUCAAGAUCUCUGAAACGGUCAACGCGGUCCAGACUUACUACCAGGUCAUCCUGUCGUCAGACGACUCGAAUGACUUCGUCUCUCGACCUCGCUUUGGACUCGUGGAAGUGGUGCAUGAGUGGGCUCGAGGGAUGCCGUUCAGUCGCAUCACGGACCUAACAGACGUGUUGGAGGGGACUAUCGUGCGAGUGAUUACCCGAUUGGAUGAGACGUGCAGAGAGGUGAAGAAUGCGGCGCGGAUCAUUGGAGAUCCUACGCUUUUCACCAAGAUGCAGGCGUGCCAGGAGCUGAUCAAGCGGGAUAUCUGUGCGACGGCCUCCUUGUAUUUGUAG